AUAAGUCCAGGCAGUAUUUGCAAACAGCUUAUUUUGGUAUUAUUGCCGUCUGGCGAAAUUAAGUUCCUGAUUGUCUCUACGACGACCUCAAACGACGUUUACUCUGCACAGUAUUUCCUGGAGAGAUCUGUUCUGAAUCCAUUCAGCUUGCUGUCACAUAGUUUGAGAUCAUGGCGCUAAGUGGGAGUUGUCGAAGUGCGGUCCUUUUCUGUGCCGCUCUGCUGGCUGGUUGCGCUGUACAGUCUGCAAUGGCAAGUGUUUCAUCAUCCCAGCAGGAUUCUGGAAAGGUGUCGACCUCCGAGGGCAGCCCAACGACCGCCAAAUUGGCGCCUGCUCAGACCAAUGCUGUAUGGCCUGAUGGCAAGAUCAUGGUGAAGUUUGCAGAAAACGAGAACAUGAACAAGAAGACGAAGAAGCGUUUCCACAACCUGUUUCAACAUGCCGCAAAGCAUAUUGAGGAGCGUUCGUGCGUUCGAUUCUAUCGCCAUGUGGAUAUGGCUUCUCAAGGAGACAACUUCGUAACGGUGGAACUCAAUGACACAUGGCGCGGUUGCCAAGCACCUGUGGGCAUGCUGCAUGGAGAGAGUCACAUGAAAGUUGGAUCGCAUUGCAGGAAUGACCUGGGUCAUCUGGUUCUCGGCUUGCUGCAUGUCGCCGGUCUCACUAUCGGCCACGGCACAGGAAUGAACCAGAUCGAAAUCAACACGCUCAACGGAUUGUACCGGGACCAAUGCACCUCGGCAAGUAGCGCAUCGCCAGCUCAGCGCUAUGUCCAGUUUGAACAGCGCAUCUCCAUCUCUCUGCCGGACAGCGACUGGCUGCGUUGCGAGGACAAUUGGAAUGGCCUCUGUGCAUGGCAACAGUGCCCACGAUUGUCGCAUCCAACUGAAACCUCGUAUCGAAAUUGCAGAGCGUCGGAAUUCUACCUGAAACGUGGCGGCAGUGCGAUCCGCAACACUGAAGAGGUUCUGCGCAGUGGAGACCAGGUGUACCUGAUGGUGAGACCUCCCGUAAAUAGCAGAUCCCAGGAGCCCAUUCCACUCAAGUGUCAUAGCUUCCAGAUGGUGUUCUUUUCGUGCAGACCCGAGGAACAUACGGAGGGAACUCCUCUGACCGUGCACGCUUUGAACGCCGCCAACUCGGGCGGUCGAGAGCUGAUUACGGAGGCAACUGAAAUCGCACUCUGUUUCAAAAAUCAGUCGCACACCUGGUGCUUCUGGUGCAAGGGCUCACUCAACAUCGAUAGUGCUGCCUGCUCGGCACGCAUGUGCGAUGGAGGGCCGCAAAACUGCACGCGCUACAUGAACAGCGAAAAAGGGAUUGUCCCGAUGAAAAUCCGACAGUGGCGCAGCGAGACGUCCGGCUCAGAAGUGCAGUACAAACGCACAAUCUCGCUGCGCGCCGGAGUCCGUCAUGGUCUGGAUGGACGCUCCUAUUUGCGCUGCACCAACUCCGCCUGUGGCCGAGGCGAGUGCCUGAAGGAGGCCUCCUACAGCAUUACCUCUGCAGCCAGCAACACACACUCCUCAAAGAUGUGCGACGCGGGCGUUUUCCGAUUCGUUCCAGUGAAGGACACGAUGCCAGACGACGGUCUUCUCCGGUACGACGACAUGGUAAGAAUUGUAACGGCUCAAGGUCAGCCAAGUGCUCUUCUGUGUAUCGGUCGUCACUCAGCCUGCGUCAUGCAAGCAUGCACUAAUGGUGACCAGGGUUGUCUUGGCACACAAUUCAUUGUACGUCGACCAACCAGCUCUAAUCUCGCUACCAAAGAUGGCCAAACAGUGUUAUCUGAUGGCCGUGUUGCCCUGUGUACGAGGUCGAACAAAUGCAUUCACUGCAGAGCUGACAAGUCCUCCAAGAUCACCAAACAGAACUGUCGACUUAGCUCCAAAGGCACCCAUUUCUUCAUCUCACAAUGGCAGCUCGUCUAGGUAUGACAAGGCUCAUCUUAUUCAUUCCCAAACUUUCCUUCUUUUCUCUUGCUUCUUUUUCAUCUUUGUCUCCUCUUUGUGUUCUGUUUACAAACUAAAAUCCAGUGAAACAGAAAUAGAUAAUAUUUAUGCACUGCUUUCCAUGUUUUCAGAGAUAGCAGUUAUAAUUGUGUCAUUUAAUUUUGUUUUGCUGGAUUUCUUCCGUCUUUGAAGCUCUGCGAAUCUUGCAUGGAGCACUCUGACACGUAACCAGGGCUCUCUUCUGGGUAUGUCAUGUUUACUAUGGUAACGAGAAUGUCAUGUUUACUAUGGUAACGAGAAUGUCAUGUUUACUAUGGUAACGAGAAUGACAAGUGCCCCUUUCCUCAUAUGCUUAUUUUCCAAAUUUUUCUUGGUGUAGGUCAGGUGAAUAUGGCCUAGCAUCUUGAUGAGAGGCUCAUUUUUGUGGGUACAUCAGGGGAUCGUCAACGUACGUAUCCGUGGCCUCGCUGAUAAUUCACGACAGUUAUCUGCCUUUGGCGUUCAAUCAACUUGCCUAUAGUUCCCAAAAAAAU